CUGUGACAUCCGUGACCCAAAUCAUACAUCAUAUGGCAUAAUUACAUAUUUUAUUAUAUAUUAGUUAUGCAAAUGUGUAUGUGUGCUUAAUACUAAGUGUCUUGUGCAUGGAAAAUGUGUGCAUGGGAUUUAUAGUAAUAUGUAGUGAGAAUAUGGAAAGAAAAGAAAGUAACUCUUUGUAUUAGUUUAGCUUCUGAGGUAAGCUUCGUAUUUAGCUUCUGAGGUAAGCUUCGUAUUUAGCUUCUGAUGUAAGCUUCGUAUUUAGCUUCUGAGGUAAGCUUCGGUUUAGCUUCUGAAGUAAGCUUCGUCAUAUAUAUAAAGGAGUUGAAAAAGGUUAAAAAAAAGGGAAGAAGGGGGAAAAGGAGAGAGAAAUUCUACACUUAUGAAUUUUUGAGAGGAUCAAGGAACGUAGAUCGGGAAUCAAGAGCUAGUGUUUGACCAGGUUAUCUAUCCUAAUCAGGAACAUGGAUAUUCCUGAACAUACGUCAUCGAGGAGAGAAGGGUCAGCCGCCCCGCAUAAUUCAUCAACUGCAGAAGCAUCUGAUACACCUGUUGCAUCAUCUCGGGGUAGCCAGCCAAUACAUAGGCAGGUUGAACAAGAAGUACAGGGGCUAGAAAUGAGACCAAGGGGUAAAAAUUUUAAAGAACUACGAAAGAUGGGAGCCGUUGACUUUGUUGGGACUACUGAUCCUGCCGAGGCUGAGAUAUGGUUGAAGAGGACAGAGCGUGUGUUUAAUCAGAUGGGUUGUAUUACAGAAGAACGUUUUGAUUAUGCAGUGUCUCUUCUUCAGGGCGAUGCUUACUAUUGGUGGGAGACUGUCCCACGAGCUAUGAUACAUCCUCCAGUACUCAGUUGGGAUGACUUCUUGAGAGAGUUCAGUGAUAAGUAUAUGCCACCAGUGUAUCGUGAUGAGAAGCAAAGAGAGUUUUUGUCCCUUAAACAAGGAUCUAUAUCAGUUGCAGAUUAUGAAGUGAAGUUUACUCAGCUUUCUCGUUAUGCAUCGGCAUUGCUACCUACAGAACAAGAUAAGUGCAGACGUUUUGAAGAAGGAUUGAUAUACGAGAUAAGAAGCAAAAUCACACCUUCAGACUUUCGUACUUAUAAUGAUCUACGUGCAGCAGCUAUACGAGCAGAAAGACUAGUGAAAGAAAGACAUGUGUAUAUUCAAAGACAAAAGAGGGGACCACCGGAGUAUAGGGGUGAAUCAAGCUCGAACAUUUCAAAAAGGCCUAGUUCUUUUUCUUCGGCAUCGAGUUUCAGUAGAGGAGGUAAAUUGGGUCAAAGAGGCGGACGUGCACCACCUUUUAGUUAUGAGUGGGGACGAGGAUCUGGUGUGACAGCACGUGCACGACCUUUAUGCGUGCACUGUGGACGACCACAUACAGGAGAGUGUCGACUAAUUAUAGGAGGUUGCUUUCACUGCGGUCAACAAGGACACUAUUAUAGGGAAUGCCCACUUCGGCCUAACAUGAUAUCGAGUGGAAGAGCAGCGACGGAACCAACAGUACAGAAUGUGCGACCCGCAGCAUCGAGUGCAAGUAAUAAUCGAGGUCGUGGAAGAGGACAGACUAUGAGUGCAAGUAUUAGAAAGAAAUGAAUUUUGCGGACAAAAUUCCUAAAGAGGGGAAGAAUUGUGACAUCCGUGACCCAAAUCAUACAUCAUAUGGCAUAAUUACAUAUUUUAUUAUAUAUUAGUUAUGCAAAUGUGUAUGUGUGCUUAAUACUAAGUGUCUUGUGCAUGGAAAAUGUGUGCAUGGGAUUUAUAGUAAUAUGUAGUGAGAAUAUGGAAAGAAAAGAAAGUAACUCUUUGUAUUA